GGUAUGGCAGACGGUUUUUCUGCAGGCUAUGGAGGAGGGGAGAGUAUAUUUUAAAAAGUGUUUCUAUUAGGAAACAAUUUUAAAUACUUCGACCGCGUAAAGCAUAAAUGCUUUAAGAUUAUUAUUACUAAUUCGUCAGUCCUGGAUGUUGGUGCUGGUUCUGUUAUCAACGUCAUGAAAUGGCCACCUCUGAUCAACCCGAUGGAUGGAUUAUAGAGGGUGAAAUAGCCAAAAGUGAACCCGUUGAUGAAGCUGGCCAACUUGAUGCAUAUAAUAUCAUAAAAUCAUUUGCCCAAUGUUUUGAUUCUGGGAUUGUACUGUUGGCCACAAAGAAAAGCACACAGAAAUCUGAUUGUUCUCUUUUGGCAGUGAGAAAAUAUAACCUGGAGGAUUGUCGGAAAGAGAUUUGUCGUUUUCUAAAAGAAAUAUGGUUGAUGAGGAACUUGAAUCAUGAAAAUCUGCUGGCUUGUAUUGACAGUUUUGUUAUUGGACACAGCUUGUGCAUCGUCACCCCCCUAGUUAACUAUGGCUCGGCUUUGGAUCUCAUUCAGACACAUUUUAUCAACGGAUUCCCAGAAAUCGUCAUCGCAGGGAUUUUGCGUGAUGUUCUACAAGCCCUUGUAUAUUUACACUCCAAAGGCUACAUUCAUAGAAGCGUCAAGGCCAGUCAUAUUUUGAUAUCAUCAAAAGGUCAAGUCCUGUUAACUGGUUUAAGAGAUGCAUAUUGCAUUGUCGAGAAAGGGCGUUGGCAAACGGCCGUUUUCGACUACCCAAUCGACGCGGAACAGAACUUUUGCUGGUUGAGUCCUGAGGUGCUCCAGCAGAAUUUACGUGGUUAUUGUGAAAAAUCAGACAUUUACAGUGUUGGGAUAACAGCUUGUGAACUGGCAAAUGGUAUUGCACCUUUUGUCGAUUUACCAUCGACUCAAUUGCUCAUCAAUAAGCUCAAUGGACCACCUCCUCAAAUAUGGGACUGUACCACCGUCCCACCCCCUGAACACAGAAUUAUUCUACCUAACCAACCAGCCGACUCUGGGGUUUUCGAUGGAGUCACAGCUUGCAGCAACAUUGACGCACGACUAGAAGCUGCCUACCAGCGAACUUUUUCUCGAUCUUUUCACCGCUUCACGAUGCUUUGUGUACAGCUUGACCCUGGCCUUAGACCGGGUUCGACUCAGUUACUAAAGCAUCCAUUCAUUCAAUCUAUACGAAAAGGCUCAAUAGCCAAUUGGCUUGAGUGCUUAACCUGCAUCCCUACCAUAGGGAAGAACGCCGAAUUAGAAUCGGCAGCUUACUCCAUCCCCGACGACGAAGAUCAGCGUUUUUCGGACGAUUCAAUGACUUGGGAUUUUUACGACUAAAAUUAUUUACAAUUAAGCAAGUCUAAUGUGUCAAAAAUUUUUUUUCUUUGAAACAUGUGGCAUGUAUGAAACGGAAAAUAACACGAGAACAGU